UUGGAUCACACUUCAACUGACGGGAAAAUACCUUUUACGCACAGAGCGCUUGGAGAGGCUGCAGAGGAGCGCACGCCGGCGAUCAGUUUUUCUACGGAAAAAGAGUUGUACUGCCAACAGAGAAGCUGUGAGCUGAGGCAUCUGAGUGGGCAUGUGGCUACUGGAGAAGCUCCGGAGCAGUGGGACACAAUCCCAGCCCCCGCAGACAACAGAGGCCAUUCCCAUCUCUGUUUAUGCCAAUGUCCUCACUCCAGACAAGAUACCUGACUUCUUCAUCCCCCCAAAACUUAUCUGCUGCCCACCAGAUGAGUCUGUCACCCCAGAACCUCAGCACAGCUCCACACUGCGACCCUCCUCCUCUGACCAUGCCAUCUGCAGCCAGAGUCCCAGGGCUCGGAGCAGCAAGAACCCCUGCAGCCCUCGCCUCUUUUCCCGCCUGGUAGGAGACACCCGCAACCUCCAGAAGUCAGCCAACCGUCACAUCAUCCAAAUAGAGAGUGCUGAUGAGCCAGGUGCCGGAUCUGCAGACAGGGUCAGCGUUGAAGUUAAUACUAAUGCAGACCCCCAGUCACAGACUGCAAUGUCUCUUCCGUAUGUCCCCAAGGCUCAGACGUCCUACGGGUUUUCCACCCUGGUGGAGUCUCCUCAUACCCGACGCAAGGAGAGCCUGUUCCACAGUGACCCCAGCAGCCCUCUUACCUCCCCAAACUCCCAGAGGCGCUCCCAAGGGGGGACACUUCUGGCCCCAGCGGACCCCAACUCCUACCGCUAUUUUAGUGGUGGAGAGAGCGACACCUGCUCCUCAGCAGAGUCAUCCCCCUUUAAUUCCCCUCUCCUGUCCCGCUCUGCCUCUCUGCUACGCUCCAUUACCCAGGAGACACAGGCCAAGGUGUCUCGUGCCAAGCGUUCCCUGGCACGCCACAGUUCUCUCUCCACUGAUGAUUGCAGCUCUGCAGACAACAGCCCUAACAUGCAGCGGCGACGUAUGCGCUGCCCCCCGUCUCCUGCCUUCCGUGGAUGUAAAAGCAGUGGCUUGAGGGGCACCACGUCGGACCUCCUGCAACGCGAGCACACCAUCAACCUCCACAAGGGGGGGACACUGAAGCUGAGCACUCACUAUGAUCCGGAUGCAGCUCGGCUGAGGGUGCGCGUGCUUGCAGCUGAGGCCCUGUAUGACAGGCAGACGGACCUUAAAAGCAUCAACUGCUGUGUAGCACUCUACCUGAACCCCGGUAAGCAGCAGAAACAGAGGAGCACCAUCAUCAAGAAUAGCAGGAAUCCAGUGUUCAAUGAAGACUUUUUUUUCGAUGCGCUGCCCCAGGCACAAGUAAAGAGUCUGGCCAUGAAGAUAAAGGUAGUGAACAAAGGAACCAGUCUGAGGAGAGACGUGCUUCUAGGAGAAAGGGAGGUGCUGCUCAGCGAGCUGCUCUCAGGCCUCUAGGGAGUCCCUGUCAAGACUUCGGUGAAAACAAGCAGCUCCACAUCUUGAGGGCCCUUUCUUCUCUGGCUCGCUUUCCAUCUCACUCCACAGAUCUGAUAAAUACUGGGCAGGUGAAAGCAAGCUGAUCAAGACAAGAGAUGACAAGAGAGCUGUAUCUUGCACACUGUGUUAUGUUCCUUAAUGGACAGAAAAAAAAACAGGCUUCUGUAGAAUUAAAAAUCCCAUUUUAUGAAGUUCCCAUCACUGGAGCUCAGUCCAUUAUUUACAUGCUUACCAGUAUAUUAGCAAU